AUGGAACAAAGACCGCCCCUGCAUGGAGAACAAGACUCCAGUCUACCCCUUUUGCCUAUUCAGAGGCUGCCAGAAGCUUCGAACGGUCGGAGGGGCCAUGCGCGCCGGGACCAACGACGACGCGAAGAGUGUACAAUCGCCUGGGUAUGCGCUCUGAACGUUGAGUUUGAGGCGUCUCUUUACAUGUUGGACGAUCAGUACAAGCUGCCAUCUAUUGCCGACGACGAAAACGCAUACAUGUUGGGCAGCAUUGGCAAGCACAAAGUGGUCAUGACGUGCUUGGCUGGGCAGAAUGGGACAAACAGAGCGGCUGUUGUCGUAACGAAUCUGAGGCGAAGCUUUAAAGGUAUCCAUACGAUCUUUGUGGUUGGCAUCGGCGGUGGUGCACCCAGUAUGGAUGAUGAUAUACGCUUGGGUGAUGUUGUCGUCGGCACGAGUGUGAUACAGUAUGACAAGGGCAAGGUCAUCACAUACGAGCGGUUUGAGUCGACCGCCGCCGGGAAACAUCUCAUAGGGCGGCUAGCCUUUGCCGUAUCCUUUUUUCAGUCCAAGCAAGAUGCAAAUAGGUGCGGCGAGGAGAUGACAAAUCUCUUGAAAAGUCGACUCGGAAACCUCCCGGGGCGGUUUGCGCGCCCAAACCGCCCCGAUUACCUCUUCUGUGCGUCCUACGAUCAUUCCUCCCAGGACACGCCACCGAAACCUUGCAACGAAUGUGACCUGGACAGGCUGCUGUCACGAGCCCCUCGGUCCCUCAAUCUACCCAGCAUCUUCUAUGGAUGCAUCGCUUCGGGUAAUGGCGUCAUCAAAAACGCCAGAAAACGAGACGAACUGUCUGCAAAACACAAGGCUCUAUGUUUUGAGAUGGAAGCAGCUGGGGUAAUGGACUUUCCACAGUGCCUUGUCGUUCGAGGCAUUAGCGACUACGCAGAUUCACACAAGAACGACGAUUGGCAUGGGUAUGCUGCUGCGGUUGCCGCUGCAUACACGAGGCUAUUUCUAGAAGAUAUGCAUCCCGAGCCUGGACGUCAAACCACGUUUGAGCUCCGACUUGACUUCAAGUCGUGGAUUCAAUACGCGCUUCAGAUGUGGUUGCGUUCCCCAAAAAUCCUUGUCACUGUGCCAAUUGUAUCGAAGCUCUUGGCCGAAACGACCGCAGCUCUAAAACGUCAAAACGCCAUUCUACCUCAAAUUCUAAGCAAUGCGCACCUCGACGGCCAAACAUACCUUGUAGCCAGGAGAAACGAUGGACAGCUCUGGUUUACAACAAAGGAAGGUGGCUUAUGGACGCAUAGGUGGACCAGCACUCAGCAACACGCAAAGAGUCAGCCAACUUGUCUCACUUGGGGAAACCCAAAGAGACUAGGAGUAUUUUACAUUAGAGACGACAAAACGGUCAUGACGAACUCGCUUUUGAAUGGCACUUGGGGGGACUGGGAAACUCUCGGGGCCAAGGCGAGCAGCACGGCUGUUCUCUGCCUUGAAGAGCAGAACGCCGCAGUCCAUAUCUGGAUUCGCGAGGAUACCCGGGCGAAGCUCAUACAGCACAAUUAUUGGGAGAAUAGUCGCAACGAUUGGCAUACCGUGACGCCUAGCUGGGAGCCGGGCAUUAACGGGGUAGAAGCCAAAGAAGCCCACAGCGCGCCGGCUGUGGCAUGCCGCAACAGCACCACGACCAACGAUGUCAUUAUAUAUGACAAGCUUGGCUCCCCGUACCACAGGCAGUGGCUCAACAGCCGCAAUCGAUGGGGGCCCUGGAAUUCCCUUGGCGGAUUUUACGUCGGCAAUCCCGUUUUGGUGUCUUCAGCAGACGACCGUCUCGACUUUUUUGGCGUGUCUAAAAGUAGCAAGAGUUUGGUUCACACAUCCUGGACCAUUGCAUCUGGGUAUAGCGACUCGCGUAACUUGAACGGCUCGUGGAAAAGUGUGCCAUCAGUUGCCAUGACGGCAAGCGACCGUCUAGACGUCUUCAUCCUAAGUAAGAACGGGACGAUCCAUCAUCGGGCUCUGCUUGGGUCGACAUGGACUUCUGGAUGGUCCGAUUUGAACAUUUCGGCAACGAGCGCGCCGCUGGCCACUCGUCUCGGAAAUAGCACGCCGCCACAAAUCAUGCUUCAAGUGGUAGCGGCUGGUGGCGUCGUGAUAAGCUCGGAAUGGGAAGCGACAAGUGAUGGUGGUUUGAAGAAUACUGUUCCCAUCACUCAAAUUGGUGAUGGUUUGAGCGACGAUUGGUUGGAAGUCGACUGA